AUGGAUCACUUCCUCGAGACUCGAAGGGAAAGAGGAUGCUUCCGCUCCUCACAGAAGCGUGUCAUCGGCGGUUGGGCCUGGGCCUGGUGGCUGGUCACCCAUGUUCAGAGGAUCUCACUUACGGUGAUGACCCUCAACCCUAUCAGCGAAUGUGUGGAGACAGUGUCAGGGGUGGCCCUUACCAUAACCGGAGUCGCCCAAUGCAAGGUUAUGAACGAAGAUGAACUUCUAACAACUGCUUGUGAGCAGUUCUUAGGCAAGGACGUCAAGGAGAUCAAAAUGACUAUACUUCAAACGCUGGAGGGUCAUCUACGAGCUAUUAUCGACACUGUUCUGAUCAAAUUCCUCGUUAUCGAUAGGAAAGAACAGAAACUGUCGUUUAGAAGGGUAUUUAUAAGAGGCUACGGAUUUUUGUAG